AUGGCUCCUCAAGAAUUGAUCCUAUCAGCUUGUUCCUCUGAUCCAUCAUCAUCAACAUCAGCUUCCAGACAACAAUCAACACCUUCAAUCCAUCUUCAUGAUCUUCUAACUUCGACGCCCGUACAAUCAUUCAAGAAUUCAGCCAGUAGCCCUCAUUCUCUGGGAUAUGUGCAAAGUCAAAAUGGACAAGGAGGAGGUGUGUUCGCUGUUCAAGAAGGUAAAGGCAUGUUGAAUGUGUGGGCUUGGCAAAAGGAUCAAAUGCAUUCCAAGAUACAUUUGCCCGAGAAAAUGGCCUGUUUCAGUAUUUCACCCAACGGCUUAUGGGCGGCAGCAGGAUCACCUAAUGGUCAUAUAUAUCUAUGGGAGUUAGCAUCAGGUCUUCUACUGGCAUCGUUCACAGCUCACUAUCGAUCGAUAACAUCAUUAACUUUUACGCCAGAUUCCCAAAUUUUAAUAUCGACUUCAUUGGAUUCAUCAGCGCAUAUUUUUGUAGUAUCGAAAUUGAUCGAUCCUGAAGAUCCGGCAUUAGCUGGUAAACCAUAUGGAUCAUUAACGGAUCAUACCUUAGCGGUCAGAAGUGUCGGUUUAGGUAGAUUGGCUGGAAGUAUGGGCGGUAGAAUAUGGACUUGUUCAGACGAUGGGACUGUAAAGAUGUGGUCAUUACACCCUACAUUCCCACUUUUAGCUACUUUCAUCUUACCUCCUUCCUCAUCACCUUCAUGUCUAUCUAUCGACCCUUCCGAACGAUUCAUCUACGUUUCCACGACCCAAGGCGAAGUUUAUCAUAUACCUUUAUUCCGGCGUAAGGGUGUUAUUGGAUCAUCAGUGAAUGAGGAGAAAUAUGAAGCUUUGGGAGGAGGUGGAGAUUCUUCCUUACCACUGAAAGUCGAAGGUUCAGUAAUAUCACUGAAACAAAGCUCGAUAACUUCAAUGGCUUUAUCAAUCUCCUCCACGCAUUUAUUGAUAGGUACGAAAGAUGGUUCGAUACAUUUAUAUUCAUUACCUUCUCAUCAACAUUUACGUACGUUAUCAUCUCAUAAUGGUCCAAUAACUCACUUAACAACCUUACUUCGCCCAACCGAUUUAAUCAUUGGAACUGGUUCAAGCCUUAAAUCAGAUCAAUAUCCAAUAAUGGAAAUUAAACCUUUCGAAAGAAUGAAAUCUACAACCGUUAAAACUAAUCAUCAGUUCAUCAUGAAAUUACAAUCUUCCCAAAACCUCUUAUCAAAAUUAGAUGAUUUACGGUCCGCAGAAAAGAAGAUCAUAGCUGCAAGAUCUUCAGGUGAAGACAAAGAUCAGUUGGAAUCCUUGUUGAAUGAAAAUAAGAGAUUGAGAACUUCUUUAGAAAAAGCAGGAAAAAUCAACGAGAAGAUGUGGAACGGUAUCGUGGAAAUGAGAUUGGCAAAUGGUGAUAGUCAAUCAUAG